UUCCAGCGGCUGUACCUGCCCGGGUUCCUCCUCGCCAUGCUGGCGGACUGGCUCCAGGGCCCGUUCGUGUACGCCCUCUACCAGGGCUACGGUAUCGACCGCGAGCACAACGGCUACCUCUUCGUCGGCGGCUUCGGUGCCUCGGCUGUGGUAGGCACUGUGGUGGGCUCGCUUGCCGACAGGGUGGGGCGGCGGCAGUCCGCUAUCCUGUACUGCGUCAUCUACUUUGGUCACUGCCUGACCAAGCACUGGGGCCUCUUCCGCGUGCUGAUGGUGGGCCGCAUCCUGGGCGGUAUCUCCACCUCGCUGCUCUUCAGCGUGUUUGACUCGUGGCUCGUCUCAGAGUCGCAGCGCGAGGGUUUCGACGGCGAGCAGCUCGGCAACACGUUCUCCCUCGCAUAUUUCGGGAGCAGCGUGGCGGCGAUCGCUGCCGGGCAGCUCGGAGAGGUUGCAGCCAACAUCACUCCGCUCACAAAGCUCGGAGCCGGGCUGCACUACGGCGGGUACAUUGCCCCGUUCGACCUCGCCAAUGUGGUGCUCGUGCUCUGCAUGAUCUACAUCUCGACGAAGUGGUCGGAGAACUACGGGGCGUCCGACGGGCAGAGCGGCGGCAGCUUUGGCAAGGCUGUGGGCGCGAUUUGCGACGACAAGAAGAUCCUGCUGUGCGGCCUGAUCUGCAGCUCCUUCGAGUCGUCCAUGUUCAUCUUCGUCUUCAACUGGACGCCGUGCCUCAUGGAGCCCGACCAGCCCGUGCCGCCCUUCGGCCACAUCUUCACCGGCUUUAUGAUCUUCUGCCUGCUCGGCACGCGCGUGUACUCGUACCUCGCAAAGACGCUCUCGGCCGAGCAGAUUGGCGCGCUGGUGAUGGCCGUGUCGAUGGCGUGCCACCUGACGGUGUACCUCGUCGAGAGCGUCCAGGUCCGCUUCGUGGCAUUCCUCGCCUUCGAGGCGUGCGUCGGGCUCUACUUUCCGAUGAUGGGCACUCUCAAGGGAGACAUCGUGCCGGAGGACAUGCGGUCCACCAUCUACAACCUCUACCGGCUGCCUCUGAACGUGAUCGUCCUGAUGCCUCUCCUGCUGAACUUCAGCAUCUCGACCACCUUCGCCGUGACGACGGCGAUACUGGCCGUCGCG